UAUUACUAUUUUCUACUUUCUACUAAUAUGUAGUUUUCGGCGGCGGCUUUUAAAUCCAGUGAAAUAUUGAGUUACAUUACAAAAAUGUCACUAGCUUUUGGAAGAAAAGUCACACACGCUAGUGGGAGUCCAAGGAAAUGUCGUAUUCCACAGAGAGUAUGCUCGGGAACACAUCGUCCUCUUCCCACGUCCAGAGACGUUCCACGGGUUAGUCCCAUGUCGGAAAAUGGAGGAAAAAUACCAAAACAAAAUGACACGAAUGAUAACAAUAUUAUAACGGCUUCUCAUAGAAUAAUAUUAUGUCAAGAAACAUCGGAACAGAAGAUUCCUAGUGAGAGUGGUGUUAAUCCUGAAAAACUAACUAAAGGACAAAUAAACGAACUAGAUUCAAAUAAAGCUAAUAUCGACCCUAUUGAACUAAAAGCGAGUUGGAAGGUAAAAAAGGAGCAAUUCGAUAAAAUGAGGGAUGACCUAAAGGAAAGACAAGGCACAAUAAUGGAAGUAUAUGCAGAUCUCAAGACCGCUGAGGAGGAGUUAGCUUUACUAGGCCAAAAACUGAGUUCCCAUGCUACUGAAAAUGACCUGCAAAUCAUGAAUGUAGCAAAGUUGACUCCGCGACGGUUGUUAGAGCUUUGUGGUGAAACGAAGGCCUGCAGUCCAGAUGUUGCCGACAAGGAACGUAUGGUUGCAGCAUAUUUUAAUGUAGACGUGGAAAAGAUUUCCAACAUUCCAUCAAGAGUAAUUGGGACGUGCGAGGAAAUGCUACAGAAACACAAGGAAUUAAUUGACUUGUUUGAAAGUUUACAACUGAAUGAAAGUGAUUUAUUGCAUAGUAGAAAUGGAAGGAAAAUUAAUGAUUUCAAAGUCGAAUAUGACGCGCUUAAAGACAAAGUACAAGCUGUCAAAACAGAAUUAGCCAUGGACCUGGUGGAACUAACGGACGUAAUAAGAAAAUGCGUGAAGGAAACAAUGGCAGUAUCACUGCGGAACAAAAAUCUUACGAGCGAAUUGUCUCGACUCAACUCGAAGAACAGUCUUCCUCCGAAGCAAAUCCAUGAUAAGGAUCACGUUUUCAAACAGCAUCCCAAUAAAAUUAAAAUUGAGGAGCUCGAAAAAAUAGUUAAAGAAGAAAAAUUGAAAAACUUAUCAAUGAAAGAACGUUUAAAGAAAUUCGAAAGUGAAGCGAAAAUGAACGAAAAUCGUGCCGUCCACUUAGAAGGGGCUCUGGAACAAGCGAGAGAGGAAUAUCGUGUCCUGGAACGAACUAUACAAAAUCAACGGGAUCAGUCACAGCAGGAAUUUAACGAGGAACUUUGUAAGCUGACUAAUUCAAUUGAAGAAAAUUCGAAGAAUUUGGAAAAAAUUGUUGAGGCUAAAACUAAACUACAAAAUGAGAAAGAAGAACUCGAGAUCAGGUUAAAGACUGUAUUAGAUGAAAAAAUGAAAUUGCAGAAUAUUACUCAUACUCAACAAUCUCGAAUUAUACAGAAAGACGAACAAUAUCAACAAACUUUAAAGAUACUCCAGGAUACUCAAGUCGAGUUGGCCGAAGCUUUAAAAGAUCGAGGAGACACAGUUACAGUCCCUCAAGUGAUAGAAAAAGAUUUAGAAGAUACAAAAGCAGAAAUUGAAAACUUGCAUAAGAAGACAGCGGAGAAGAAUAAAUUAAUACAAAAAAUGAAGGAAAGGUUACAUGCCACAAAAACUUUAGAAGACCAACUACGAAAUGAAAUAGAACAAAAAGCAAAGCAUAUUGAAAAUCUUAAAAAUAAAUGUAGUUCAUUAGAAGAUAGGACAAAAGAAAGCGAAGUGAAGAUGCAAUUUUACCAAAAACAAAUAAUGACCCUCGAGGAGGAAAUAAAGAACGUUAAAAACAAUUAUUACAGAGAAAAAGGAAAUUUGGAUAACUUAAAUAGCACGGUGACUGAACAAAAGCAGAAAAUACAAGAAUUAACUCAAUGCAAAGAUGAAUUGACAAUGACAUUACAUAACCAGGCAAUAGAAUUAAAAGCUUGUACGCAUACUAUAUUAACACAAGAAGAGCAUAUUAAAGAGAAAGACGCAUUAUUAAGUGAAUUGACCAAAACCAAAACGAAACAAACGAGUAUCAUUGAAUCUUUACAAAGAGACUUAGCGUCUAAAGUGAAUAAAACUGAUAGUAAGGUAAACGGAAACUUGUAUGAAAGGGAUCCCGAAAUUGAAUCUUUAAUAGUCGACAUACGAACAAAAGAAAACCGAAUAUCAGAAAUGGAAAAGGUUAUGAUAGCACUAUACUAUCAGGCACGCAAAACGAAAUCGAAAAAUAAGAAGUAUCGAGAAAAAAUUAAUGUCCUCAAACAAGUACUAUCACGCUACGAAACUUACAUAGAUAAUACAAAUGUAUACUUCCCGUCAGAACAUCUAGACAGUUUGCUUAAAAUUCUUGAGAACGAACUUUAA